CCUGCCGAACCUGCGGAGCGCUGCGUCGUCGUCAACCCGCUCGACGAAAAGUUUGUGUUUCAUUACGCGCGUCCGCACCGAGUGCAUGACCUCGCAAUAUUCAGUAUUUCCAGUACCAGUAUUACCUAUAACUACAACGACAACCAGUUUUAGUUCAAGUUCGCUCAAUUUAUUUUAAAAUAAGUUUAUUACAAGAAGUUAAAUGGCAAAGAAAAACGAAGAAUGCCUCGCUCUCUACAGGAACUCGCUGAAAUCAGCGGACAUGGACCACGACGGGACCCACUUCGACGGGCAGUACCCGCAUGUGUUUGUUAUCCUCGGCGCGUCGGGUGAUUUGGCCCGGAAAAAAAUCUACCCUACAUUAUGGUGGCUAUACAGAGACAAUCUUCUUCCAACCAACACCAUCUUCAUCGGUUAUGCACGUAGCAAGACCACAGUGGAGACCAUCAGGGAAAAAUGCCAGGAGUACAUGAAGGUCAAACCUAAUGAACAGGAAAGAUAUGAAGCAUUUUGGAGGAUUAAUCAUUACGUUGCCGGGGCGUAUGACCAAGGUGCUGAUUUCGAGGUGUUGAAUAAGGAGAUGUGCAAACACGAAAUUGGUCCGGUUGCCAACAGGUUGUUUUAUCUUGCCUUACCCCCAUCGGUUUUUGAACCUGUCACUGUAAACAUCAAAGAAAAGUGUAUGGCUACCAAAGGUUGGACACGUGUAAUCAUCGAAAAACCCUUCGGACGUGAUUCCGCAUCCUCCGAUAAACUCUCCAAUCAUCUCGCUGGGCUUUUCACCGAACAGCAGAUGUACCGUAUUGAUCAUUACCUUGGUAAAGAAAUGGUCCAGAAUUUGAUGACUCUGCGUUUUGGAAAUCGUAUCUUUUUCCCAAUUUGGAACCGUGAUAACAUCGCUUCCAUCCAGAUUUCCUUCAAAGAACCAUUUGGUACUCAAGGUCGUGGUGGAUACUUUGAUGAGUUUGGUAUUAUCAGGGACAUCAUGCAGAACCAUCUCCUGCAAAUUCUUACACUGGUUGCUAUGGAGAGACCGGUUGAUCUGCAUCCGGAUUCAAUCCGUAAUGAAAAAGUCCGAGUAUUAAAGUGUAUUGAACCAUUGGAGCCCAAGGAUGUUGUUUUGGGUCAAUAUGUGGGUAAACCAGGCGGUGUGGGUGAUGAAGCCCUGGGGUAUCUUGAUGAUCCUACUGUUCCCAAGGGGUCUGUGACUCCUACUUAUGCUUUGUCCGCGUUGCGUAUUAAGAAUGAACGCUGGGAUGGCGUUCCGUUUAUUUUGAAAUGUGGAAAGGCUUUGAAUGAACGUAAAGCUGAAGUGAGGAUUCAGUUCAAGGAGGUUCCCGGGGAUAUUUUUGAUGGUAAAGCGAAGAGGAAUGAGUUGGUUAUUAAAGUACAACCUGGAGAAGCGUUGUAUGUGAAAAUGAUGGUGAAAACACCCGGAAGUCCUUUUGAUAUGGAGGAAACUGAGUUGGAUCUUACUUAUGGAAGUCGAUAUGCUAAUAUUAAACUUCCUGAUGCGUAUGAACGUUUGAUUCUGGAUGUUUUCUGUGGAUCGCAGAUGCAUUUCGUUCGUUCUGAUGAAUUGAGCGAAGCGUGGAGGAUUUUCACGCCGUUGUUGCAUCAUAUUGAAGGCAAUGGAAUGAAACCUAUUCCAUACUUAUAUGGAAGCCGUGGCCCCAAGGAAGCCGACGAGUUGCUGUACAACAACAACUUUACGUAUUCCGGUUCGUACAAGUGGAAGCCUAACUUGUAGGCGACUACAACAUCAUAACCUCAUAGGUUAUUUUAAGGUACGCAUUUAUUUUACUGGUGUUAAUGUUGAUAUUAUGGGAUAUUGUUGAAUAAUUUAUUAGAGCUAUUUAUUAACCGAGAUUUUUUAUUAAUAACGAUGAGCGCUUUGUUUCUGUAGCUCGAAUUUGAUUAAAGAAAUUAUUUUCUA